GUCUGUCUAUAUAGAGUUUUCCUUCUUUAUUUCAGUAUACAGCUAGAACUGUCUGUCUAUAUAGAGCUUUCUUUCUAUAUUUCAGUAUACAAACUGUCUGUCUAUAUAGAGCUUUCUUUGUAUAUUUCAGUAUACAAACUGUCUGUCUAUAUAGAGCUUUCUUUCUAUAUUUCAGUAUACAGUAAUAACUGUCUAUCUUUAUUUCAGUAUACACUUUCUUUGUAUAUUUCAGUAUACAGAAAUAACUGUCUAUCUUUAUUUCAGUAUACAGUAAUAACUGUCUAUCUUUAUUUCAGUAUACAGUAA